ACCUACGGCCGAGUGGCAUCCCGUAUUACAUACACAGUGCUCCACACAGGCAGGCUGCUUGGUCUAACUAGGCGCCUUGCUUUACGCUUCGCUGUUCACGCCAUACCUAGCUCUACGUUGAACCCAUCUCGCGCGGUCCAUCAUGGCGUCGUCCGCCCCGGCCCCGGGUAACAAGGAGGAGAAGGACCACUGGACGACCGAGGCCUACCAGAACGCUGCCUCGUUCGUGCCGAAGCUGGCCACCAAGAUUGUGCAGUGGCUUGACCCGCAAAAGGACGACCGGAUCCUGGAUAUCGGCUGCGGCGAUGGGGUCUUGGACAUCGAGUUCGCCGAGAUCGUGUCGCAGGGCCAGGGCCACCUGCACGGCGUCGACAGCUCGCCGGCCUUGGUCCAGGCAGCCCAGAAAGCGACUCGCGAAAAGGGCGUCGAGGGCAAGGCGACCUUUGAAGUCCUCGACGCGAACGAGCUCAUCAGCAAGGCCGGCGAGCUGCAGAGCCAAAGGUUCAACAAGGCCUUCUCCAACGCGGCCAUGCACUGGAUCCUGCGGCCGGCGGAGAAGCGCGAGGGCUUCUUCCGGGGGGUGCGCGAGGCGCUGGCGCCGGGGGCCGUGUUCGCCUUCGAGAUGGGCGGGCUGGGCAACGUGUCCGAGAUCCGCGCGGCGCUGCUGAUGGCCGCGGGGCGGCGCAUCGGGCUGGACCGCGCCCAGGCCGUCGACCCGUGGUUCUUCCCCGAUGAGGUUUGGAUCCGCGACAUUAUGGAGCAGCAGGUCGGCGGCUGGCGCGUCGACCGCAUCGAGCGCGAGUGGCGGCCCACGACGGCAGACGUCGGCGGCGUCGUGGCGUGGGUGCGUAUUAUGGCGGCUCAGUUCAUCGAGGCUCUUCCCGAGGCCGAGCGCGAGAGCUUUGUCAAGGAGGUUGUCGAUGUCCUCGAGAUUGUCUGCGCCAAGCCCGGCGGCGGCUUCAUGUAUAGCUAUGUGCGCCUGAGGGUGUUGGCGACCAGGAUUUAAGCUGCAGCUCCAAUUUUGCCGCAACUCUCGUUCAGUUAAGGAUCGUGCUGUGCUGCAUCCAAAAGGUAUCUGUGAAAGCCGCCGACCUCAAAAUCUGGCCCGAAUUUCCCUUCCUGCAAAAUACCUUCAAUAGGUAAGCUAAGUACUGAAGAAGUGUUGUUUCGCCGUGUGAAUCGGCGCUGGAGGUUGCUAAAAGCGGUUUGGUGCGGGGAAAUGACGUUACCUAGCGUAGUGUGGUUGACAGGGCCUAGGCGGCCGCUGUUUCCGGGGAACGCCGCCGAUAACAAAGCGAUAAGGUAGUCC